AUGAAUCCAACACUUAGUGAAGAAUACUUUGUAAUGAGUUUCCUCAGUGGCCUGAAAGAUGAAAUAGGCAAAUCCAUUUCUAUGUUUCAUCCUAAAACUCUAGCAGAUGCCUUCUCCCUUGCAAGAUUACAAGAGCAGAAACUUACUCUUGCAGCAACUGCUACUAAAUCAUUUUCAAAAUCAUUUCAAACUUCCUUCACCAAUAAUAGACAAUCUUCUUAUACCAAUUUUCCUCCUAAACCAAUUUUAACUUCUCCCAAAUCCGCUCCCAUCACUCCUAGGUCCUCUUUCAAUAUUCCCAACAAAAUUCAGUCCCCAACACCUACUAUUAAGAGACUUACUCCUGAAAAAAUGAAUAGAAGGAGAGCUCAAGGUUUGUAUUAUAAUUGUGAUGAGGUAUACAAGACAGACCACUUUUGUAAGAGCAAACAGAAGAUCUUCAUGCUGCAAAUGGAUACUAAUGACUUACCAGAUACUGAGGAAGAGGAGGAAGUGUUUGAAGAGACAACUGAAUCACCAGUUCACUCGGAUGUGGAAAUUUCAGUACAUGCUCUCACAGGAACUGCAACAGGUGACACAAUUAGAAUUCCUGGUUUUCUACUUAACAAGAAAGUAUCCGUUCUGAUUGAUACAGGAAGCACUACCAGCUUUAUUGACAGUGCUCUAGAAAGCUCACUCCAGUGCCACAUUGAACCUACUGAGCCAAUGCUAGUCACAGUUGCUAAUGGAGAAAAGACUGUAAGCACUGGUAUUUGCCCUCAGCUGACUUGGAGCAUGCGAGGUCACCAGUUUGUGGAAAGUUUGAGGAUCUUGCCACUGGGAGGAUGUGACAUUGUACUUGGAGAAGAUUGGUUGAGAACCUUAGGUGAUGUCCUUUUUAACUUCUCUAAAUUAUCUAUCUCUUUUAAAUACAAGGGUAAAAAGAUUACACUACAGGGCAUCUCUCCUAAGUAUUCCUUAUUAAUGAUGAGUGGUGAGGCAGUCAGGAAAUUUCUUACAAACAACUUCCAUGGGUUAGUGGGUCAUCUAUUUUCCAUUUCUCUACCCUCAGUCCAACCCUCAACACCUCCUGAGUUACUUCCAUUACUUCAAGAAUUUCAGGACAUCUUUGCAGAACCAACUAAACUUCCCCCUCAAAGAAGUUUAGAUCACACCAUUCCUCUCCAACCAAACUCAACUCAUGUGAACCAGAGAGCCUACAAGUUCCCUUAUAUCCAAAAAGGAGUUGUUGAACAGCUUGUUAAAGAAAUGAUUGACUCUGGAAUCAUCCAACCUAGCCACAGUCCUUUUGCUUCACCUUUUCUUUUGGUCAAGAAGAAAGACAACAUAUGGAGGUUUUGUGUCGAUUAUAGAAAGUUAAACAACAUCACCAUAAAGGAUAAAUUUCCAAUACCACUUAUUGAGGAAUUAUUGGAUGAGUUAAAUGGUGCUAUUAUCUUUACAAGAAUUGACUUGAGAGUUGGUUACCACCAAAUUAGAGUACACAUUUCAGACAUUUUCAAAACAGCUUUCAGAACACAUCAAGGACAUUAUGAGUUCAAAGUGAUGCCAUUUGGUCUCAUUAAUGCUCCAGCUACAUUUCAAGACUUGAUGAAUGAGAUAUUUCAACCAGCCUUGAGGAAGUUUAUUCUAGUAUUCUUUGAUGAUAUCUUAAUCUACAGCAAGUCCAUGGCUGAGCAUCUGGAACAUCUGAAAUUUACAUUCUCCUUACUCAUACAACAUCAACUUUAUGCUAAGUUAUCCAAAUGUUGUUUUGGUCAAACUUCACUGGAAUACUUAGGCCAUAUCAUUUCAGGUGAAGGGGUUUGUGCUGAUCCAAACAAGAUAACAUGUAUGCAAUCUUGGCCACAACCAAAAACUAUUAAGGAGUUGAGGGGUUUCCUUGGCCUUACAGGAUACUAUAGGAAGUUUUUUAAAGACUAUGGAGCCAUCAGUAAACCACUUACUGAUUUGCUUAAGAAGAACUCAUUCCUUUGGUCUUCAUCUGCCACACAUGCUUUUGAGAAGCUCAAGUUAGAAAUGACCAGCACACCCAUAUUAGCUUUACCUGAUUUCACUAAACCAUUUGUGGUUGAGAGUGAUGCAAGUGACAUGUGCAUUUGA